AUGGUUUCAGGCGGUUCAGCAGCUCCGGGCGCUGCAAAUAGCGGACCAGCGCCUGCCAGCGCCGCCAAUCUGCUUCACCCCAACCCGCUAUCGUCCAACCCGCCAAACUCCCCUCGCCAGUCCCGGUUUCCAUCCACCCUGCAGCAACAGGCUUCCUUUAUAGAGACCGAAGCAGAGAAAACCCAGAGCGCAGGCACUGACGAGCAUGAGGAGAAGGGCACUAAUAUCAAUGAAAAGGAGCCUGAAGAUUCAACGAGCCAGUUCAUCUGUGACCCGGCUGGCAAGCUGACCCACGAUGAGACGACCGUUGACAUCGUCACGGUGCCGUGUCCUGGUGCCGACGCCCUGCGCAGCUGGAACCGAGACGGGCUGGUCAGCCGCUACUUUGGCGCGCCGUCUAUGAGGGAUGCCGAAGUCGAAAGGCCAGAGUCCGGGCCGUCAUGGGUGAGGCAGGGCAUCAGGAGGGAGGCGGACGUCGCCAGGAUCCUCUUGUACAACCACCCUGACGUGGUCGAGGGCACGACGCUGGGAAGCCUGGCGGACGCUUUACUGGAGAAGUUGCUAGUGGAACGAAGAAAGAGCGGCGAGGCCUCGAGACAGCGGCCGGUUAUAUUCAUCGCACACAGUAUUGGUGGCCUAGUGGUCAAGAUGGCUCUGGCUAAGGCGAACCGAGAUUCUAGAUAUGAAGAUAUCCUGCGUGACUGCUACGGGGUGGCCUUUUUUGGAACCCCUCAUCAAGGGUCCAGCUACUUUGCCAUGCACGGGCUUGCGUCUAGCAUCCAGAGCCUGCUUCAGCUAUCAGUACCGCUGCCCACCUCCAUCACGGACGAGCUCCACGUUGGGAACCGCUUGCUGUUGCACGCAGAUGAGGAUUUUAAAUGCAUAGCACAUGAUAUGCAGGUGUGGACCAUGUACGAGACCAUCGAGUCAAGGCUGAGCGGAGGUGAAGGUGAUAGUUCGACUGUCUACUUUACAGCUCCCCUAGCUUCCAUCAAGUCAGCCAUCCUGGGGAUUCGACAGGAACGUAUCUUUCCAUUGCAAAGCGAUCACGCAAAUGUAGCCUCAUUCGGGAGACACAACACACAUACCUUGCGGCUGUUUCUUCACCAGCUAGCCACGCUCAUCGACCAGGCAGACGAGAGUGUGCGCGAAGACGGCGAGGGGUCUCGGUGGACACUGAACCUGGAGCAGCGUGUCAACGUCGAGGUUCAUGGGUUUUACGAGGACUCGGUAGUGACCAAGGAAGGAGAUAGCGAGGCUAUUGUGCGAGCUUGGUCGACGAGGCUUCCUCUCAAGGAGUUCCUAAGAAAGGGGCCAGAAGAAUGCCUGACCGAACGACUGCACGAGGUUGAGGGUGUUCCCGAGGAGGGUAGGUUCCUCCGCGCUAGGGGGAGGACAAUGUCGCUGACCGAGUUGGACAAACAAAGACUGAGGCAGGCCUUGAUUACGAAAGAAGGUCUUGGAAUCAAGAACCAGCUCAUUCAGCCGACAUCGCCGCCCUUGUCCCCUGUCCUAAGACCCGUCGACGCUCUAGCCAGGGAACCUCACUCCGUCUCACUCUACCCGACGUCAAGCCCGUACCAAGUCCGCCGCAUAUCGUCUCCAGCUUCAACACCUCCCAUCCCAACUCAUUUAUUGUCGACCUCCCCGCAUCAGCAACCAGUCCCCGUUCGGCUACCACAAGUUCUCAUUCGCUCGGACAUUGACCAGGAUCUCGCUGUUGACCGGCUCUCUCCCUCGCCACGGCCACGUUCAAUCACCUCUUUCGGGCGAUCUAUAAGUGACCAGUCGUCAAGGCAGGAAUACCGUGAUUUCCCACCCUUCUCUCCGCCUCGUAGCCGAAGAAGUACAGGGGACAAGCAACCCGUUGCCUUUUCUGAUGAUGACUCGAGCUUGGAAGCGUCACCGCGACUACCAGAAGCUGUGAUAAACCUGCGCAAGGAUGCGAAGAACUCGAAUCGCAGAUCUAGCGAGACGGCAAUCGCAGAUGAGCAGACACCUGUCGCGUUAUCGAGGCCGGAAAUCAGUGCCCGCAAAUUCAUCUGGGUUCAUCUUCAGUACAAUAACCCAACAUGGGUUAAAAAAAUACUCGAAACGUUGCAGAACUCGAACAAGAAGGAUUAUUCACCCUUGUAUAGCAACGACUUUUGGGCAACCAAGCACACAAGAGGCAGGCAUGCGCAGCACUAUGCCUAUUAUGCGAAGCCCGGGUGUUAUUUCACUGCACCCAGAACUUGCGAGGACGGCAUCUCGAUCUGCCUGUUUCUGCCAUACCUUCAUUUUGAUUCUUAUAAACGGCUGAUUAGGCGUCGUCAACUGAUCCUCGAACGCCUGGGACGAGGCCGUGCUCAACCAACACCCGAGGACAUCGCCAAAGUAGACUCGAUUGAGCUGCAGGUUAUUUGGGAAUUCCUGGGGCACGACCCCCCAAUCAACUGUCGACGUACCCUCGACCAGUACGGAUAUCCAUCCUUGAGGGACACCAGAGCAAGAGAUGACGAUCAGAUGUUGUACAAACUCACGAAGGAGAGAGACUAUAUGCAUGGAGAGGGUAGUAGCAACAUCUACGCUCACUCUUCAAGCAGCAGGCAAGGAUCGUACGGGAGCGGUAGGAGCUGGAGGGAAAGGGCCGGAGGCCUUGGAAACGCCCCAGAGGAACUCAGUGCUGAGAUUGAUGCGGAUAAGGUUCUAAACGGCAAUGUUCUUAUGGUAGAUCAAAUGUGGCUUUGGGUCAUUCAGUCUCAUACUCUCCUCUCGUUCUUUCCGAAGAGAGAAAGUGACCCGAUCGAGGGACCUCUCUUCCAACAAGCCGAUCUUCGUGAUAGCAUCUUCAACGAGGUCAAUGUUGAUGGAACACACCACUGCGAGAACGCCUUGGAUCUAGCUGCGCUUGCGGCUUUACACGCAGUUAGCGUUCUUUUGGAUCGAUCCUCUCAUCCCGAUCUAGAGAUCUUCCGCAUCUUCGAAGAGGCUAUCAGUGUUUUGACUGAGAAACUUACCUCCUCACUUAAGGAGUUCCGUGUCGAAGGUUUCCGAGACAAAUCGUCUGAAUAUGAGCCCGUCGAGAACGGUGAACGUACCAUCCGAGCCCGUCACAAGCAAGAGGGCCGCCGCGCAGAGCGCGAGAACCGCGACAACACCUCGGCCCUUCUGGAGCUCCGCGACCUCCAAGAUGAGCUCCUCGUCCUCCUGAAUCUCUUCGAACGCCAACACGCCGUCCUCACGUCUAUGCUUGCAGCGUACGCAAGCCCGCAGCUCCGCGACCGCAGCAUGAACGGCCGCGCAUACCUAGCGGAGGGCAUCCGCCGCGUGGACGAGUACAAGCGCCGUGCCGAAGAGAUGGACGAGCGUGUGCGCAGCACGCGGGACGACUACGACAAGCUGCUGCAGAUGGUGCAGCGGCAGGCGCAGGUGGAUGAGGUGCGGCUGAGCAGGCUCCAUGCGGAUCUGGCGAGCGCGCAGAGCAGGAGUGUCAUGAUCUUCACCGUCUUCACCGUCAUCUUCCUGCCCCUGACGUUCUUCACGGGUCUCUUUGGAAUGAACACCCAAGAGUGGGAUGCCGAGCUUCCGACGAUAGGAUACAUCGGGGCCGUCGCGCUUCCGUCGAGUGUCGCUCUCAUCGUGACCACAUUCUCCCUGGCGUUCAGUACGCGGACUCGUCGAGUGUUCAGGUGGGCUAGAGACAUCGUACUAGAUGCUCUGCAUUUCCUGGCAAAGUAUUCUGUGUACCCAAUCCUCGAAAUGACCGGAGAAAUGAUCCAGCGCAGGCGAGAAGAGCGUGAAAGCCAGCGCGAAAGCCAGGCAGCGGGAGAGGAGAAGAAGCCCCGCGAUGGAAGGAGGGCCGUGCUGAAGAAGGAGGCAAGUGACUUUUGGGCAAGGCACCGCGGAGAACGGGACAGCGGGUAUAAGAUCCCGGAAAUGAACAGAAAGGUAGUUGGGAGGAAUAAAUCAAGCGCGAAGCCAAAGGAGAAGGCUCGGAACAACACCGCGGCAGAAACGACCAACAUCAUGGCUAGUGGGGAGCCAAAGCUCUUCUGGAACCCGGAGAACGUCAAGGACGUUGCCGAGUCCGUUGGCAUCACCUCCUUGAAUGAGGAGGCCCUCAAGACCCUCACUCAAGAUGUCGAAUACCGCAUCGGUCAAGUCAUUAUCGAAGCCCUGCGCCUGAUGCGCGCCGCUCGUCGCACAACCAUGACGGUCAAUGACGUCUCCCUCGCCCUCAGAACCCUCGAUGCUGAGCCUCUCUACGGGUACGACUCGACUCGCCCGCUGCGAUUCGGCGAGGCCAGCAUGGGACCUGGCCAGCCUUUGUUUUACCUGGACGACGAGGAGGUGGAUUUCGAGAAGCUCAUCAAUGCGCCCUUGCCCAAGGUGCCGCGAGAUAUGAGUCUUACAGCUCACUGGCUCGCGAUCGAAGGCGUCCAGCCAUCCAUCCCCCAGAACCCAACCUCGGCCGAAUCGAGAUCACAGGAGCUUCUGCCCAAGGGCCCUGGCACCAAUCCGGCACUCUCUGCACUUGCAGGGAGCGACGACCCCUCCAUGAAACCCUCGAUAAAGCACAUCGUGAGCAAGGAGUUGAUCCUCUACUUUGAUAAGAUUCAGGCCGCAAUCCUCGACGAGAACCCAGAUGAGGAGGUGGUGCGCCUUCGACAGGCGGCAUUGGGCUCCGUCAGAGACGACCCCGGGCUGCACCAGCUCGUCCCGUACUUUAUAAACUUCAUCAUGGACCGAGUCACGCACAACCUCGACGACACCUUCACCCUGAAGCGGAUGAUGGAGCUCACCAACGCCCUAAUCGAGAACAAGACCCUGUUCCUGGACCCCUACGCCAGCCCUCUGUCGGCACCCGUUCUCACAUGUCUCAUGGCGAGGAAGCUCGGCACCGACAAUGGCGAGGACGGCCUCAAGGAGCAGUACGAGCUGCGACAGCUCGCCGCCUCCCUGGUCGGCCGCAUCGCCCACAAAUACUCAUCCUCCAACACACUAUUACGGCCCAAGCUCACGAGGACCUGCCUCAAGUACUUCCUGGACCCGACGAAGCCCCCCGCCGUUCUCUUCGGUGCUGUCCAGGGCCUGCGCGAGGCGGGAGGCCCCGAGGCCAUCCGUGUCCUCGUGCUGAGGAACCUCAAGCCGUUCGACGAGAACAUCCUGCAGCCGCUCAAGACCAAGCUGGAGGGGUCAAUCGACUUCACCAUGCUUGUCCAGGGCUUGAUCCAAGCCGUAGCUUCGUUGGCCGAGCACGAAGACCCGGGGAUUGUCCCCAUGGACGUGGAGGCAUCGGAGUCGGAGACCACAGAGCUGAAAGAAUGGAUCGGACCAAUCGUGGGCGAAAGGAUCGCAGCUUCCAAAAACCGGAAGCUGAUCACCACCGUCCUUGAGGCUCGAAACCUAGUUGGGGCGAACGGCGCCGAAAGCAAGGAAAAGACCGGCGAGGAUGCUGGCCGACCAGGCGAACUGCUCGGCCCUCCUGAUCUGGGGCUUGGUGUACCCCUUACCGAUGUCGAAGACGAGAUGCCUGACGCCGUUGACGAAGUGGUAGGAGAAGGGGAAGGCGAGGAGGGUGAACUUGAGGAGGCCCUUGACGAGGAAGGGGAGCGAGGCGAGCCCCGCGGCGAGGCUGGCGCUCUCGACGUGGAAGCCGACGAGGGGCGCGACGAGGUAAGUGGCGAAGUAGGCGUAGGCGGUCCCCGAGAGGACGCAGCCGGUGAUGCGGGUCCAGGCGGAGGAGGAGAACCAGACCUGGCUGAGCUUGUAGAUACCCAGGUGAGGGGAGAUGGGGCGGGCGAGGCGCUGCUUGGCGAGGAUGUCCUGGCCCUCGGUCAGGGAGACCUUGGAGGUGGUGGCGGCGGCACUGGGGGGAAGAGUCUCGUCAGUAUGAUAUGCGGGAGGAGAAUGUUGGAGUUCAGGCCUUGA